AUGGAAAUUGCUGGGACAAGAUAUUGUGGGACAGAAAUCCCGGAUGUCGAUGGAUUCAUCGCUCCUUUGACAGUGAACUUCGUUUCUGAUGGCAGUGUAAACCGAGAAGGCUUCCAGCUCUUCUACUUUCUCGAAGAACGCAGUGGCUCUGGAGAUUUGAUACCAGGACCGGAAGCGCUUUUUGGCUUGGCGACCGUCUACUCCUUCAAUUCUAUUUAUACUCAGACGUUGCUUUAUGCUCUUAAUAUUCAUGAAAUCAGAACGACUCGGAUUCGCCGCCUGGGAUCUCAAAGCACGAUGAAUCCUCUCAAACAUCUACCUCGUCACAAAUUCAAAAGCCGAUUCAAUCGCCGAUUCAGAUGA